AUGGGUGUCCCCAAGUUCUUCAGAUGGCUUUCCGAGCGAUAUCCGGCCAUCUCCCAGCUCAUUGCAGAGAACCGAAUACCCGAGUUCGACUGUCUCUACCUCGACAUGAAUGGUAUCAUUCACAACUGUACCCACAAGGAUGCAGGAGAAGAUGUGUCCUUUCGUCUUAGCGAAGAAGAGAUGUUUAUUCGUAUAUUCAAUUACAUUGAACAUUUGUUUGGAAAAAUCAAGCCCAAACAGCUGUUCUUCAUGGCUAUUGAUGGUGUUGCACCGCGAGCCAAGAUGAACCAGCAACGUUCCCGACGUUUUCGAACAGCCCUCGAUGCUGAGAAGGCCCGUGAUAAGGCCAUCAGUGAAGGCGUCGAAAUCCCUAAGGAGGAACCAUUCGACAGCAAUUGUAUUACCCCAGGUACCGAGUUCAUGGCCAAACUAUCUCAGCAAUUGCGAUACUUUGUCAACAAGAAGGUAUCCGAAGACACUGACUGGCAAGGAUGCGAGAUUGUUCUAUCCGGCCACGAAGUCCCUGGUGAGGGAGAACACAAGAUCAUGGAAUACAUUCGAAAUGCCAAGGCCCAGCCGAACUACAACCACAAUGUUCGGCAUUGUCUUUACGGCCUUGAUGCCGAUCUGAUCAUGCUUGGUCUUCUCAGCCAUGAUCCCCAUUUCUGUCUCCUUCGAGAAGAGGUAACGUUUGGACGGGCUUCCAAGACGAAAUCCAAAGAGCUUGAGCAUCAAAACUUUUAUCUUCUUCAUCUCUGCAUUGUGAGAGAGUAUCUAGAGAUGGAAUUUCAGGAGCUUGGAGAGGAAGGGGCUCUCAGUUUCCCAUUUGACCUCGAAAGAGUUAUCGACGACUUUAUCUUGAUGGCGUUCUUUGUCGGAAAUGAUUUCUUGCCGAAUUUGCCCAGCUUGCACAUCAACGAGGGUGCGUUGGCCAACAUGUUCCGAAUCUACAAAUCUAUUCUUCCAAAAUGUGGCGGAUAUAUCAACGAGAACGGAGUUAUCAACAUGGAACGACUGCAGCGACUCCUGGGCGAAUUGUCCAAGACGGAGAUUGAUGCGUUCGAGGGCGAUGUUUCAGAUGAGAAAUGGUUUGCAUCAAAACAGAUGGAAAAGAGACUUGAAAACAAGAAUGCCGAAACAAAGGCGCCUAAGGGAAGUCAGCUUGUCCUCACUUCAGCGCAGCGCGACCUGUGGAAGCAAAAGAUUCGGCCGUACAUCUCAAAGCGCUCAGACGAGCCGCUAGAUCUCGGCACCAGUCUAAAAGCUGCCGACCGCAAGUUUGUUCAGGAUUUGGCAGACUCGAUGCAUCUACAAUGGUCUACUAAAGAGGACGACGAGGGCCAUCGCCAUCUGAUUGUUUCGUUCCCACCUAAGAAUAAUCACGAUGAUGACGAAGAUGAUGACGAGGAGGAAGGUAACCUUGCAGCUUACCGAGUAAUAAAGACUUACGACAAGGCUUUGGUCAUUGAUUUGACAGCCGAAGAUGCCCAAAAACAGUAUGAGAAGCUAUACCAAGAUAAGUAUCAGGGCUGGAAGACAAAGUAUUACCUCCAAAAAUUCGAGGAGUGGGCUCCCGACAACUACGACAAGGAGCUCACAGCCCUCUGUGAGAAUUACGUCCAAGGUCUGCAAUGGGUCUUGUACUACUACUACCGCGGUAUAGCUUCGUGGCCUUGGUUCUACGGAUACCACUACGCACCUCUUAUUUCAGAUGUUGUUAAGGGUGUUGGCGCAGACCUAAACUUCAAAAAGGGCCAACCUUUCUUGCCCUAUGAACAACUCAUGGGUGUCUUGCCUGAUAGAAGUAAAAAGAUUGUCCCCAAGGUUUACCACGACCUCAUGACGAACCCGGAUUCGCCCAUCAUUGAUUUCUAUCCGCGCGACUUUGAGCUGGACAUGAACGGAAAGAAGAUGGAUUGGGAGGCAGUCAUAAAGAUUCCCUUCAUUGACGAGAAACGCCUAUUGGACGCCAUGAGGCCCAAGAACGACUUGUUGGAGCCCGAUGAAAAGGCACGAAACGGAUUCGGUGUGCCCCUCAAGUUCACAUAUUCGCCCGAGGUCGACUUCGUUUACCCUUCCCCAUUGCCCGGUGUUUUCCCCGAGAUCCAAAACUGUCGCUGCAUCGAGAAUAUAUUCGAUCUUCCUGAUGUGGAAGGACUUGAAUACUUGUCAGGAUUAACUAGUGGUGCUUUACUGAACGUUGAUGCUUUGGCUGGUUUCCCUACCCUCCACACUCUCCCAUAUACUGCACAACUUGUCGAAGGUUAUGGCGUCAAUGUAUUCCAGACAGACAGCAGAAACCCAAGCGUAUGUGUUACUCUGACCGGGACGGAGAAUCGCACCAAGAUCGAAACUUGGAAGGCGAAACUUGGCCAGCGAUGCUACGUGGGAUACCCAUUCCUCCAGGAAGCCAAGGUCAUUAAAGUGCAGGAUGAGCUCUUUAGCUACGAAUUGGCCGACAAUGGGAAAGAUGUCAUCACAAGAGACCACAACAACCGGGAGGCUGCCGACUGGGCCAGGGAAGCUGAUUACAUCGAAAAUUGGCACGCCAAGCGACUUGCAAUCACCAUAGGGCAAGUCGAGUGUUUGGUGUAUGUCCAUAUGCUCAAGGGCCUCAUUCGUACGGAGGAGGGUGCCCUGACCAAGGAGUACGCCGAAAAUCCCAGUCUCAGGAGUACAUAUGCUGCGCAAACCAUCGUUGACGAAGUGGUCAAUGAAGACGAACGAUUCAUUGAAAAGGAGGCGUUGCCCAUUGAGGAGGAAUUCCCUCGAGGCACUCGUGCAUUCUUCCUUGGUGACUACGCUUAUGGCCGUCCCCUUGAAGUUGCCGCUCACACAGGCAACAAGGCGGAGGUUGUCGUCUCAGUCCUCAAGAACAAGGAGCAAGAUUUCGCAAAGCAGAUCAUCCAUCAAGCCGAACGCUCCAAUCCUUACACCCCGUCAUUUGCUGUGGCUAAACAGCUGGGUAUUCAUCCUCUCGUUCUAAGCAAGAUCACUUCUUCGUACCAGAUCAUUAACUCUGCCGGACUACGACUGAACUUGGGUUUGAACUUGAAAUUUGAAGGCCGAAAGCUCAAGGUCUUGGGCUAUUCGAGAAAGUCUCAUACAGGCUGGGAGUUCAGUGGAAUGGCGAUCAAAUUGAUUGCUGAUUACAUGGUCGCCUUCCCCGACUUCUUUGCUGCUAUUCAGAGGGAACCACAAAAGAGCGAGGUCCUUGAGACAGAUCUCUGGAAUGAUCCCGCUGUCGCUUCCCAACGAGUCAAGGAGAUCGUGGCUUGGCUCAAGAAGCAGGAGACUAGCAAAUUCGAGAGGGUUCCUCUGGAGGCUGAACAGCUUGACUCCGAGAUUGUCAAGGCAUUGGCUCAUGUCGGUGAACAGGUGCAUGCUGCUUCUUCAGAAAUCGAGAUUAAGAAGUUGCGUAGCGUUCCUCGUACGGCGCUCCUUAAGCCAUCUGACGCGGAAAUGGUGCUCGGCAGCCAGAACUUUACUCUGGGAGAUCGAGUUACUUACGUGUCUGCUGCUGGCAAGGUCCCCAUUGCCACUCGCGGAACUGUUGUUGGUAUUAGUCGUACUGCCACUGCCCUUCUUUUGGAUGUUGUAUGGGACACUUCUUUCAUGAGUGGCACCACGCUCAACGAAAGAGCCCCUGUGUUCCGUGGCCAGACAGUGGCAUCAUCCUCAGUCCUGAACACUUCAAAUAAACAGGUUGUGUCAACCACCAGCAAGUCACAACAGCGAAAACCAGUCAUUGCUACGCAUGGUGGCUAUGCGAACGUUGGGGUUACUCAGUACAAAGAUGCACCAGCCCCUGGCCCUCUUCGCGGUGGCUGGAGUGGAGCGCUGAACGGCAACAACCCGCAAGGACGCAACUCUCCUGGACGUGGUCGAGGUAACGGUGCUCGCGGAGGUGCUCCCAAUCUCAUGCACAGCACCUUGGUUUACCGAAACGGUCCUCCCAACGGUGCGGCUCAAGGCUAUGAUACCAACGGAAAUGGCACCCGAGGCAGAGGAGGUCGUGGUCGCGGCCGUGGCAGCCACCACGGUUCUCCCGCUCCUGACGGUGCUCCCCAAGAACAGAUGUAUGGUAACGUUCCACCACCUGCCAGUCUCGAUCAACCCCGAGGCAGAGGUCGUGGUCGAGGACGUGGAGGUAGAGGUCGCGGAGGAUCUAAUCGUGGACGAGGCAACGGAGGACCCAGUGGUAACGGCAGCCAGGGCUAG